AUGACGUAUGAUUUUUACAUAGCUGAUACUUUCACCAAUUUGAUCAGCUUUGCAAAAUUAAUGAAAGAGAAAUUAAAAGGAAAAAACAAUAUUAUUAUCAUUGAUCAAAAUAUAUAUGAUAAUGAUGAUGCUGAUAAUGAUAAUGAUAUUGUCAGAGAUUAUGAUGACUUCAAAGAAAAUUUUGAAUCUUUAUUUAGCAGGUUUAAUGCAUCAGAAAAUAUGUAUAAUAAUGACAAUUUAGAAAUGCCUAUUAUUAAUUUUAAUGAAGGAUUUAACUAA